ACUCCUUGGCCGGGUUUUCGGUUGCAUUGUACUAACAGCCAUUUAGCCCUGUGUGCUGUGUGUCUGUUGCUGUCUGUGGUGUGUCUGUUAAAGGCUCUAAACCCUGGGAAUAUCAACUCCUCUCAUGGAAUACCUGGGAUCCGUUUAUAUUCCCUCGCGACCGGUGAACUGACGUCCCAAUGUGUGUGUUUCUCCCCGGGAUGUGAGCGCGUGAACCUGGGAGCACGUUGACGGUUAUCCGCCAGUUUGGGAGCUAAUCUUAACCGUUCUUUUUUAACUGGGAUUACUGGGACAUAUAUACAUGAACGGUGGUCGGAUACGGAUUUCAAACGGGGAGGCGAUGUGGGGAGCAGGGUGGCGGCGCCGGGUUCAGCCCUGAGGAGGCGUCCUGCGGCUGGGAGGAGCGCGGCCCUCCUCUGGCCCCCCCGCGGAGCUCCGGGACGCUCCUACUAAGAUGUCCCUCAGCAGCGGCCCUGCAGGCGGGAAAGGUGUGGACUCCAACGCGGUGGACACGUACGACAGCGGCGAUGAGUGGGAUAUCGGAGUGGGCAAUCUGAUCAUCGACCUGGACGCAGACCUGGAGAAGGACAAACUGGAGAUGUCGAGCAGCAAGGAGGGAGGGGGCAUGGCGGCCCCCCCCAGUGCUGUUGCUGCUCUGCCCGAUAACAUAAAGUUUGUUAGCCCUGUCGCUGCGGCGCAGGGCAAAGAGAGCAAAUCCAAAUCAAAGCGAAGUAAAAACUCUAAGGAGAGUGGCAAGGCCCCGGGCCCCGACGCAGCCAAGAAGGAGGGUCAGGCUCGGGCCCUCGUGGACCCGCCCACCCAGAACUCCACCCCUACAAAGGGAACGGACAAGUCCAGUAAACCCUCCCGCACACCCCCCGCGGUGAAAAAGGACAAAGAGGGGGUGUCGGGGAAAGCUAAAAAGGAGAAAAUGGAGGUGGUGGUGUCAGCAGUGGGGGUCACCGCCGAGAAGGAGGCCCCUGGCCUACCGCCGGGGGCCCCUCGCAGCGGCCCCUUCGAGGGCCAACAGAUCCUCGAUCUGGCUGCAGCCGAGCAGCUGGGGAACGUGACUGUGGACUCGGCAGGGAUUGGACAGCCCGUCACCAUGACCGCAGAGCAGGAGGAAGCGGACAGCGGGGAAUGUCGAAGUCUGAAGAAAGUGGGCGGAGUCAAGAUGGAGUCUCCGGUCUCCACGCCGGCUCCUCCUCCGCUCCACCCACUCGCUUCGGUCUCCGGCGUAGUCGACAUCUCGUCCCCCUGCGAGCAGCUGAUGGUCCGGACGCGCUCGGUGGCCGUGAACACAGCAGACGCGGCGCAAGCCACGGAGCCCGAGUGCCUGGGACCCUGCGAGCCGGGCACCAGCGUCAACCUGGAGGGCAUCGUGUGGCAGGAGACGGAGGACGGCAUGCUGGUGGUGAACGUCACCUGGAGGAACAAGACGUACGUUGGGACACUGCUGGACUGCACCAGGCAUGACUGGGCCCCCCCGAGGUUCUGCGAGUCUCCCAGCAGCGACGUGGAGAUGCGCGGCGGGCGCGGGCGUGGGAAGCGGGUCCGACCCGGCAGCAACACGCCGCUCAACGACAACAGCAACUCCUCCGACAAUAAGGGCAGCAGCAGCAGCAAGACGCGGGGGGGCGGUGGUGGGGUUGCGGCUAACGGCAAAGGCCGGCGGGGCAGCCAGACGGCCGGGGGGGGGGGCGCCGAGGCCAGCCCGUCCUCCAACAAGAGGAAGAGCAAACCUGCCUCUGACAUGGAGCCUACCUCCAGCUCCGAGGACACUAAGGCCUCCAAACGCAUGAGGACAAACUCCACCGGCGCCGCCCUCCCCCUCCCUGGAGGGAAACCAGAGUCCCUGCCCCCCCCCGCCCUGGACUGCCCCUCCCCCGUCCUCAUCGACUGCCCCCACCCCAACUGCAACAAGAAGUACAAGCACAUGAACGGGCUGAAGUACCACCAGGCCCGGGCGCACAACGACCACGACGUGCAGGACGUGGACAGCGAGUACGGGGAUGAUGCCCCCCCCCACCCUGACCCCCCCGGCUCCUGCAACGGCGCCGCUAUCUCCCCCGCCCGCUCCACGACUCCCAAGGGACGGGGGUUUGAGGCGGCCACGCCGUCGCCGGGCCGGCUGAAGGUGAGGAAGAAGGAGGCGGAGGACGGGGGCGAGGAGGCGGGGUGUCUGACCGACGAGGCCAGCAAUGACGGGCUGGACGACCGGAAGGCCAGGAAGGCGGCGGUGACGGGGGGGGGCAAACCCGAUAAAGUGACUCAGAAGGGCGUAAAGCUCGGGCGCCCCGCCGCCGCCCCCCCCUCGCCCUACGCCCCGCAGGCCGCCUCCCCCGCCUCCGUGGUCCAGCCCAUCCCCAAGAGCUCACAGCCCAAAGCCCCCCCACCCGCCGACCCCGCCUCCAGCCCCACCCCCACUAAGGACAAGAAGAAGAAAAAGAAGAGGGAGGGGGGCAGGGAGGGGGAGAGUCCGAAGGGGAAGGGGGGGCCUCGGGAGGAGGACUCUCCGGACCCCUUGCUGAACGGCUCGGAGCAGCAGAGCCGGCUGGCCAGCAUCAAGGCCGAGGCCGACAAGGUCUACAGCUUCUCCGACACGGCGCCCAGCCCCUCCCUCGGGGCCGCCGGCAGGGGGGAGGGGGGGCAGCUGAACGGGGCCGAAACCGGCAGCCCCGCCUACUCGGACAUCUCCGACGCCGGAGAGGACGGGGAGGCGAGGACGGGGGAGGUGAAGGUGAAGACGGAGCCCGACCAGGCGCCGCGAGAAGGAGCCAAGAAGGCCCUGUUCCCCCCCCAGCCGCCCGGGAAGGACUACUACCCCAACUAUGACUCCUAUUACUCCCCCACGUAUCCCAACCCUAGCCCCGCCGCACCCCCCCACAUGGAGGGCGUCCAGGUGAAGAAGGAGGAGGAGCCUGAGGUGGAGCCUCCGGAGGACAGGAAGGCGGAGCCUCAGCAGCCGUCCGUCAUCCAGCCGCGUUCCAACAUGUACGCCCAGCCGCUGUACUACAACCAGUACUACGUGCCCCCCUACUCCUACCCCCCCGACCAGGCCUACCACGCCCACCUGCUGGCCUCCAACCCGGCCUACCGGCAGCAGCACGAUGAGCGGCAGCGGCACGACAAGAAGGCCUCGCUACCCCCCCCCCCGACCCUCUCCAGAGCCCCCAGCCUCACAGACCUGGGGGGCGCCAAGGGGGGGCCGAACCCUACCAAGCCCAAAGAGCCCCCCCCGCCCGCUGCCGAGUCCAAGUCGGUCAUCAUGUCGAAGGGCGAGGAGCAGAAGGGCCCUCCCGCUGCCGCCCAGCCGGAGGGCCUGAAGAUGAAGCUGAGUGAAGCAGGGCAUCAUGGGAAAGAGGAGGCCGCCAAGCCGGGGGGGGAGCCGGGCAGGCCGGGGGGGGUGGAGCCUGCCAUGUGGUACAGACAGGAGCCAGACUCUCGCCUCUGGCCGUACGUUUACCCCAACAAAUACCCAGAAGCCCCGAAGCCUCAGGAGGAGGAGAGAGAGAGGAAGGGGAAGGACGAGCGACCGCGACCCAAAGAACAGAAGGAGGAGGUGAAGGAGGGAGGGGCGGAGGGUGAGCACCGAGGUGGAGGGAAGGAGGCGCGCCCCCCUCACAUGCAGUUCUCCUCCCCCCUGCCCCAGCCCCAGCACCAGGGUUACCUGCCCUACAUGCCUGGGCCCUACGCCUACAGCCACGGGUACGAGGGGGGGGGGCACCCCGGGUACCGAGGCAUGCCCUCCGUCAUGAUGCAGAACUACCCCGGCUACCUGCCGGCCGGUUACUCCUUCCCUUCAUACGGGGGGAAGGUGGCGGGAGGGGAGGAGGGGGAGAAACCCUCCCGAUCCAGCCCCACGGUGAAGCCCCCCCCCGGAGAGGCCAAAGCUCUGGACCUGCUGCAGCAACACGCCAGCCAGUACAAGAGCAAGUCCCCCUCUAUGCAGGACAACAAGCCCCCCCACGAGAGGGAGCGGGGGGGGGAGAGAGAGGGAGACAGGCCACGAUCCUCCCCCUCACAACGCAUGCUGCCCUCCCACCACCAUCUGGGCUACCCCCUGCUGUCGGGGCAGUACGACCUGUCCUACGCAUCAGGCCUCUCAGCGUCAGCCAUCGUCGCCAGCCAGCAGGCGUCUGCCCCGUCCAUGUACCCUCCCCCACGGAGGUGAGAGCGGCACACCUGAUUGGCCGCCUGGAGUCAUGUGACUGGAUCACAUGAGGAAGCAUUUGUGUUUCUGCAUCAGUUCAAUGGUGUUUGUGUACGUUUGAUUUCUCUACCUGGACGUCUAGCACAACACCCCGCCCCCCCGACACACACACACACACGCCGCACCGCUGAGACUUCAGGGGGUCCAGAUCUGCUGACUGCUGGUUCCAAUGGUCUCUAAUGGUUCUGGAGGUCCUGGUGGUCCUGAUGGUUUUCUGUCUGGAGGACACAGAUGUUGCAGCUGUGACGUACGGACGGGCGGGGGGGGGGGGGGUUGGACUUUUUUAUUUUUAUUUCCUCGUCACAUUUCUGCGAGCGACCCCCGGACUUUACCUGCUCUGACCUCUGACCUCCACCUGGAAGUAUCUCAGCUUGAUGGGAAACAAAAACAAAUACUGUGGGCGGAGGAGGAUGGACCAAUCAGAGCGCAGCCUCAGACUCCUCCUCCUCAGUGUGUAGCUGUACUGUAGUGUGUGUGUGUGUGUGUGUGUGUGUGUGUGUGUGUGUGCGCGCGUGCGUGUGUGUGUGUGUGUGUGUGUGUGUGUGUAAAUACUGUACAGAGGAAUUAUUUUAAAGAGCCUGUUGGAUGCUGUUGGAUUUCCUACUCUUCUUCUUUUGUCUGGUAGCCUCUGCCUCUGUUUUUCUACUGUUGUUGAUCUGAUAUUAAACCUGUAGCUGGUGAAACGGC